AGCUCCCCCUCCCCUCCACCCCCGUUCAACCCCACCCUGAUGAAGACAGCGCGGGAAGCAGACCUGGAAGGUAACUUCUUAUGAUAACAGAAACACGACCCACUCCACCACACUCACUCCUACGCCAGACUGUGGUCAGCUCAGCACACAUGGUGCACUAUAGGCCCUAUGCCAGUGUACACAAUACAUUGUAGAAUUGUUUUAUUAAAACUCAUUUAUUAUGAACAUUUGGUCUAAGACCUUUUUCAAGACAACGUGAGAUUCACACCAAAAUUGUUCUAGAAUGUUGAUUUUUUUUUUUGGUGCAAAAACUUCCUGCACUACAACGAGAUAAGCUUGGUAGUGGGAGUGAUAACCCUUUUCUAAAGUGUACACGGUAGAUUCACUUACAGUGCCUUCAGAAAGUAUUCACACCACUUGACAUUUUCCACAUUUUGUUGUGUUACAGCCUGAAUUUAAAAUGGAUUAAAUUUAGAUUUGUUUUGUCACUGGCCUACACACAAUACCCCAUAAUGUCAAAGUGGAUUUCUUUCUUUAUUUUUUAAAUUAAAAAUGAAAAGCUGAAACGUCUUGAGUCAAGUGUUCAACCCCAUUUGUUAUGGCAACCCUAAAUAAGUUCAGGAGUACACAUUUGCUUAACAAGUUGCAUGGAUAAUAGUGUUUAACAUGAUUUUUGAAUGACUACCUUAUCUCUGUACACUACACAUACAAUUAUCUGUAUGGUCCCUCAGCUGAGCAGUGAAUUUCAAACACAGAUUCAACCACAAAGACCAUGGAGGUUUUCCAAUGGCUCGUAAAGAAGGGCACCUAUUGGUAGAUGGGUAAAAAAAAGAAGCAGACAUUGAAUAUCCCUUUGAGCAUGUUGAAGUUAUUAAUUACACUUUGGAUGGUGUAUCAAUACACCCUGUCACUACAAAGAUACAGCGUCCCUCCUAAUUCAGUUGCCGGAGAGGAAGGAAACGGCUCAGGGAUUUCACCAUGAGGCCAAUGGUGAUUUUAAAAUAUACUGAACAAAAAUAUAAUAGCAACAUGUAAAGUGUUGGUCCCAUGUUUCAUGAGCUGAAAUAAAAGAUCACAAAAGCGUAUUUCUCUCAAAUGUUGUGCACAAAUUUGUUUACAUCCCUGUUAGUGAGCAUUUUUCCUUUGCCAAGAUAAUCCAUCCACCUGACAGGUGUGGCAUAUCAAGAAGCUGAUUAAACAGCAUGGUCAUUACACAGGUGCACCUUUUAAUAUUUAAUAUUUAAUUUAAUAUUUAAAUUUUAAUAUGCCAUUUAGCAGAUGCUUUUAUCCAAAGCGACUUACAGUCAUGCGUGCAUACAUUUUUGUGCAUGGGUGGUCCCGGGGAUCGAACCCACUACCUUGGCGUUACAAGCGCCAUGCUCUACCAGCUGAGCUACAGAGGACCACAAUGCACCUUGUGCUGGGGACAAUAAAAGGACACUCUAAAAUGUGCAGUUUUGUCACACAACACAAUGCAACAGAUGUCUCAAGUUUUGAGGGAGCAUGCAAUUGGCAUGCUGACUGCAGGAAUGUCCACCAGAGCUGUUGCCAGAGAAUUGAAUGUUCAUUUCUCUACCAUAAGCCGCCUCCAACGUCGUUUUAGAGAAUUUGGCAGUACGUCCAACCAGCUUCACAACCGCAGACCACGUGUAACAACGCCAGCCCAGGACCUCCACAUCCGGCUUCUUCACCCAUGGGAUCGUCUGAGACCAGCCACCCGGACAGCUGAUGUAUUUCUGUCUGUAAUAAAGCCCUUUUGUGGAGAAGAACUCAUUCUGAAUAGCUGGGCCUGGCUCCCAAGUGGGUGGGCAUAGCGCCCCUGUCCAGUCAUGUGAAAUCCAUAGAGUAGGGCCUCAUUUAUUUAUUUAUAUUUACUGAUUUACUUAUAUGAACUGUAACUGAGUAAAAUCGUUGAAGUUGUUGCAUUGUUUUUUUUUUCAGUAUAGAAUCACUGAUCUUAAUGCAAUUUACUAAAAUAUCCCUUAUUGUAGCGUAAGUAUUCAUACUGUAAUUACGUGCAUGUGUUUUCAAAAGUAAAAUGUGGAAUUAAGCAUAGUGACAUUUUGGGAAAAAGUAAUUUCACCAAGGUCUUUCCAGGUAAUAUUGCUAUUAUGAUGUGGAUAUGUGUGGUUCAAAUGUAUUUUAGAUGUAUAAAUUGAAUGGGAUCCAAUGGGCAAAUGGCAUAACAUGAUAUGCCUAUAAAGUGUCUUAGGAUCAAACAACAGUAUAGGUAAGUGCUAAAACGGGUACACAUGUCAAAAUGGGGGAUAUCCUCCUUUUAAGUGGUGUGGUUGCUCUUUGCUGAAACACAAACUCCAGAUUGUAGCUUUAAGUAAAUUAAAUGGGGUUUAUACACCCAUAUUUCUUGACAACCCUUACUUAAUCAAAUAACUGUUUUACAAAAAAAAUCUAUACAAUAGGUGUAAGUAGUGGUCCUAGUAAAUAAAGUUACCAACACAGCGCACCCAUUGAGUAUACAUUAGAAUUAACUUAUUAUCAUUACUGAAAUUAUGGUUCUCAUUACCAAACGGACCUGAAAAAGAUUCUGUAAUGAGAUGUGUUUCGGUAAUGAUAGGCAUUUAGCUCAAUUUGCAAAUAGUAGGAGACAGCCAUUAUGAGUCUGCAAACAAUUGACCACAUCACUAAAGCCCAUCAAUGCCUCCAUGUCGGUAAGUUAAUGGUUCUCAAUGUUUUUCCCAAUUUGAGCUUUUCAGUCAUUUCGGGUGAUUUGGCAAUAAUAGAAAUCAGGAGGUUGUGACCAAGCUUUGUUCCACGGAUUGAAGGGGAAAGGUCCGUCUUUGCCAUUCUGACUCAUAUUGACAUAUGAAGUUAUUGAGACAUUCAGUGAGGUAGUCUACAUAUAGCUUACAUAACCGAAGUUCAGGUUAGAAAGAGGAUUGGACUUAGACACCAGAGAGUCCGUGGGAGUUGCGCGAACAGAAAGAAGCACAAAGAACACUCCAACCUGAGUGAGUACAGGUCCUUGUAUCAGACUCUUGAUGUAGAAAAUUAUCACUAUACUUUAUUAAAAAUCUAAGUUCUUCCAGAGUUUUUGUAGAAUCAAGAUAGACUUUUAUUACACAAAGUAACGUAAGCCGAGAUUAUCUGCAGAGCACCUCCCCUCUACCUCUCAGCUCUCCGUUUAUAUAGUCAUUCCCAUACAUCCUAGCUCAAAGCCCCUCCCUCUUGGGUUCCCCCACCACCAUCUUCAGUUUCCCUCUCUCCACUGCUCUGCCCACUUCCUUAGUCUAUGAUAGUGGCUAAAUUGGACUUUUAGUAGUACAAUCAAUCCAGUCCUUAUCAUGCAAAAACACUCAUGUUUAGUUUAAACUCUGUUCAACCCCGGCUCUCCCGGGCUUGACCUGAAGAUUGAUUGUUGGACAUGACAGAUCCAUACUUAAUCUUUCAAACAUACACAAACCCCACCCCAUCAUGCUGUAAUCAAUCAAGAAGAUAGCCAAGGAGAGACAAAGGGUUUAGCCUGAACUCUGUUCAUCCCUGGCUCGUUCCAGGGAUAUGCCUAAGGAAAGCCACAGGGUCAUAGUCUGAUUGCAGUCACAGAUAAGAUAAGACAACUGUAGAAUUUGUGUCAGAUGCCCAUUUUACACAAACCUAGUGAGAGGAACCACUCAAGUUCUUGCCUAACAACAGAGAAUCCUGACUAUGUUCGUCACAUCUGUGAUUUAACUUUGUCUGUCCAAUAGGUUACUAAAAAGUUCCCAUCACUCUCAGUAGACUUAGGUAGCACUGUUAUAGUGUGAGGACACAUCAAGGCUCUACUAUUCUUUCAUAAUGAUGUGAUGUUACUAGGGCUGUUACGGUCACCAUAAUACCGCCACACCGGUGGUCACGAGUCAUGACUGCAGUCAAAUUCCACUUGACCGUUUAGUCAUGGUAAUUGGGCUUCUCCAAGCUCUGAUGCUGCUGAUGGUCAUUAGUAUUCUACCAAACUUGCUAACUGCCUGGUACUCAGCACUCUAGUGUCCCUCUAAUCACUCUGACAUCAAUGCAAAUGAAAUCAAACACUUCAUUGGAGCCCAUGAACUCAUGUUGCUCAACAUUUCUAUAGGCAAUGCAAUUGCGUGAGAAAACAGAGUGAUGGCCUCUAUUAAAAAGAGGAGGAUCCCAUCAUCUUUCUAUAGGCUAGGCCUACUAUAUUUAUUUCUCAACAUUGCUAAUAUUAAGCACAUUUGCUUCUCUUUACAACAGGAGUAUAGCCUACCUGGCUCGUGUUAUGAUGAGUUUCUAGGGUAUCAAGCAAUUAAGGAUGUAAGAAUAUAUUUAGACACUCUGUGGACAGUUAAUACAAAUGUUUAAUAGUCGGUACCGGGUUCGAUAUAACAACAGACAGGGCUCUGCCUCUUGCCUCUUGCGAACUACUGAACAAAGACAAUAUCUCAGCUUAUAUAGCCUCGAGUACACAUUUCUUCACAAACAUCUGGUAACCAUCAGUGGGCACUCCCUUAUUUGAUGUUAUUCCCUUGUCCCCAAGUCAGUAUAUCAUAUCCAUUAAUCAUUCUAAGGUAAACAUCAGUAAUCUCCUUUGGCAUAAUGGAAUGCAUGACCCCCCCCCCCCCAGACUGUGAGGCGCCAAGUCACUUUCUACUAAAGUCAACCUGGUUCCCAUCACACUAUGUAAACAUCAUAACAGCUGGCAUGAAAAUGAACCGCGGGAAAAGCGUCCUCCAUUCGCUAUUUAAGUGGAUAGAUGACAUUUAUUUUUUUCCCCUGCCCCUGUUUCGAGACAGGUGCAUGAUAAUGGUCUAUUCUAAAUCAAAGGAAAUGUCACAUACUAUUUAGUAUAUGUAAAGACAACAUUACAUCAAGAAUAGUCUGAUUGGUGACAAUAUUAGCCUAUCACUUGCGAAUUAUACAGUGAGGGAAAAAGGUAUUUGAUCCCCUGCUGAUUUUGUACGUUUGCCCACUGACAAAGAAAUGAUCAGUCUAUAAUUUUAAUGGUAGGUUUAUUUGAAGUGAGACAGAAUAACAACAAAAAAAUCCAGAAAAACGCAUGUCAAAAAUGUUAUAAAUUUAUUUGCAUUUUAAUGAGGGAAAUAAGUAUUUGACCCCCUCUCAAUCAGAAAGAUUUCUGGCUCCCAGGUGUCUUUUCUACAGGUAACGAGCUGAGAUUAGGUGCACACUCUUAAAGGGAGUGCUCCUAAUCUCAGUUUGUUACCUGUAUAAAAGACAUCUGUACACAGAAGCAAUCAAUCAAUCAGAUUCCAAACUCUCCACCAUGGCCAAGACCAAAGAGCACUCCAAGGAUGUCAGGGACAAGAUUGUAGACCUACACAAGGCUGGAAUGGGCUACAAGACCAUCGCCAAGCAGCUUGGGGAGAAGGUGACAACAGUUGGUGCUAUUAUUCGCAAAUGGAAAAAACACAAAAGAACUGUCAAUCUCCCUCGGCCUGGGGCUCCAUGCAAGAUCUCACCUCGUGGAGUUGCAAUGAUCAUGAGAACGGUGAGGAAUCAGCCCAGAACUACACGGGAGGAUCUUGUCAAUGAUCUCAAGGCAGCUGGGACCAUAGUCACCAAGAAAACAAUUGGUAACACACUACGCCGUAAAGGACUGAAAUCCUGCAGCGCCCUCAAGGUCCCCCUGCUCAAGAAAGCACAUAUACAGGCCCGUCUGAAGUUUGCCAAUGAAGAUCUGAAUGAUUCAGAGGAGAACUGGGUGACAGUGUUGUGGUCAGGUGAGACCAAAAUCGAGCUCUUUGGCAUCAACUCAACUCGCUGUGUUUGGAAGAGGAGGAAUGCUGCCUAUGACCCCAAGAACACCAUCCCCACCGUCAAACAUGGAGGUGGAAACAUUAUGCUUUGGGGGUGUUUUUCUGCUAAGGGGACAGGACAACUUCACCGCAUCAAAGUGACGAUGGACGGGGCCAUGUACCGUCAAAUCUUGGGUGAGAACCUCCUUCCCUCAGCCAGGGCAUUGAAAAUGGGUCGUGGAUGGGUAUUCCAGCAUGACAAUGACCCAAAACACACGGCCAAGGCAACAAAGGAGUGGCUCAAGAAGAAGCACAUUAAGGUCCUGGAGUGGCCUAGCCAGUCUCCAGACCUUAAUCCCAUAGAAAAUCUGUGGAGGGAGCUGAAGGUUCGAGUUGCCAAACGUCAGCCUCGAAACCUUAAUGACUUGGAGAAGAUCUGCAAAGAGGAGUGGGACAAAAUCCCUCCUGAGAUGUGUGCAAACCUGGUGGCUAACUACAAGAAACGUCUGACCUCUGUGAUUGCCACCAAGUACUAAGUCAUGUUUUGCAGAGGGGUCAAAUACUUAUUUCCCUCAUUAAAAUGCAAAUCAAUUUAUAACAUUUUUGACAUGCGUUUUUCUGGAUUUUUUUGUUGUUAUUCUGUCUCACUUCAAAUAAACCUACCAUUAAAAUUAUAGACUGAUCAUAUCUUUGUCAGUGGGCAAACGUACAAAAUCAGCAGGGGAUCAAAUACUUUUUUCCCUCACUGUAUAUUAUUACUUGUGAAUGAUGCCCAGUUAAGGCAAGAAACAGCCAUGCGUUUUGAGACUUUUUCAAAUCAUAGUUGCGCACCUCAUGUAGCCUAGCCCGUAGGCCUAUAUGUUUUGAUAAGGUUUGUAUCACAACUAAAGUGGCCAAAUAACUUCUUAAAAUGAAGCACAUGAAUCCGCUUUACAAUGGGGGUAGAGCCUAACUGGCAUACAUAAGCAGCGCGUGAGUUUCAAGUUUGGGGAAGAUAAUUUUCACCAUAAAAAUGCACCUUUAUACUGUUUGGAAUAUUCAUUUAUAGCAUAGAAUAGGUCAACUUUUGUACUAUGGGGGAUAGUAGAUUGACAUAGGCUAGUGCUUUUGCUGUUCGUUAGGCCUACUCAUCAUCUUGGCUGACGAAAAGUAUAUGACAUUUCUUCCAAUAUCUUCAAUAUGCGCCUCGGAAUUGGAUAAGGACGCGCGCAGUUGCGUCCCCGAUGUGUCUGUCUUCACUUCUAGCCUGUGAGAAAGACCCGAUCACCUGACGGUGAGAGGUGCUUCGGCACGCAGCCAGGAGAAGGGAAUUAUAAUAUUCAGCCCAAGGGCACAACGGCCACUGGCCGCAAAAGGCAUGGAUUCUUUUGGGGUGAAUUACGGCUACACAAAUGGGAUGCAGCUGGGAAAUUUGAGGCAUUAUCAAGUGCUUGUCAAAUUGUGAAUGAGAGAGACUGACGAACUGUGUAAACCUGCACAGAAAACCAAGCAGAGCUCAUGCCUUUCAUGCAACUUUUUUCAAAUCAUCAUUAGAGUCGCAUCAUGCAGCCUUAGAAUGUAUUAAAACACAAAAUAGCCUUCCCUCAAAUCAUUUGGAGAAAAUAUCAUUUCUAUUUUAUACAUUUAUAAUUCUAACACCGUUUACACAUUUAUACUGUAUUUGGGGUGAAAUCCUUUAGUCAUUAUUCUUAAAAUACAAAUUAAUCUAUCAAUUUUAAUCCGUUUUCUUCAUACUAUAAAAUAAUAUAAAUAAUGCCACGGAAUUCUAAUCAUAUCUUGCCUGCUAAAUGAACUAGUGUAGCCCACAGCCAUAUGGCAUAGCCAGAUCAGGGCCUAACAUAAGGACAACUCAGAGAAUGCUAUUCUGUUCUUCUGAAAUAGACUACAUUUUCUUCAUAUCAUGUUUCUUUAGAUCUGUCUAAAAUAAAUAAUGGAUUUAUUGUGAUGAGUAGGCUAUUUUACAUGCAUUUAUUAGACUUUUUGAAAUGUAGAUGUUCCAAAGGUCUGCAUCAGUGGCUUGUAGGCUAUGCGUGGAAGCCAGGAGAUGCUAGCGAUGUACUGGGCCGUACGCACUACCCUCUGCAGCGCCUCGCGGUCGGAUACCAAGCAGUUGCCAUACCAAGCUGUGAUGCAGCCAGUCAAGAUGCUCUCAAUGGUGCAGCUGUAUAACUUUUUGAGGAUCUGACGGCCCAUGCCAAAUCUUUUAAGCCUCCUUAGGGGGAAGAGACGUUUUCGUGCCCUAUUCACGAAUGUGUUGGUGUGUUUGGACAAUGAUAGAUCCUUAGUGAUGUGGACACCAAGGAACUUGAAGCUCUCAACCCGCUCCACUAUGGGGGAGUGCUCAGCCCUCCGUUUGCUGUAGUCCACAAUCAUCUCCUUUGUCUUGCUGACGAGAGGUUGUUGUCCUGGCACAGAGUAUGUGAGCGGAGUUGAGUGGUUGCACCCAUCAAACCAUUUGGUUUUGAAGUAUUGAAACCAAACCAUAUGAUUUGAAUGAAAAGUAGUUUAAUAAACAACAUUUACAUUUACAUUUUAGUCAUUUAGCAGACGCUCUUAUCCAGAGCGACUUACAGUUAGUGAGUGCAUACAUUAUUUAAAUUUUUUUCUUACUGGUCCCCCGUGGGAAACGAACCCACAACCCUGGCGUUGCAAACACCAUGCUCUACCAACUGAGCUACACGGGACUAACAACAUGAAAAGGUGACUGUAAGAGGCGCUCAUCAUUUCAAAUAGGCUACAUGUCAUAUUAAACAGCAUAUAAACACAGUAGGUCAGGAGCCAGACAGGUUGCCUAAGAAAAUAAAUGAUUAGCCUAUUUCAAUUAUUUCAAGGCUAUAGCCUACAAAUUUUAAUUAAUUGUGAAGCAUUUGCGAGUGCGACACACUAGGCUGGUGGUAACAUUAAGCGCUCAGCAUUUAAACAACAUUUUGUUGUAUUAAAUCAUUAUAGUCUAUAAAUUGCACAUAUAGGCUGUGACUUCGAAUUAAAUAAAAAUGAAACAAAAAAUUCCUUGUUAGGCUCAGUGCCUUUUGAAUUCACUUUUAUAAACACUAGUUUGGCCAGAGUCUGUGGCUUCAGGCUCAUGCGAUGGUGCCUGGAGAGCAGGCCAGCAGCAGAGAAUACCCUCUCCACGCUUGUUGAGCCACUGGGUUUUUAGGCAGAAUAACGCUAUCAAAACGGGAAGCUCCUUGAAAGAGGUCAUAUGUCAGGCCUAUUGGGCCAAAAUCAAUGAUAGCCUAUUGUAUAGAUAAUAGAACGAAAAUGAACUAAACUUUAACUCUUUAAAAAAAAAAAAAAAAAUGCUACAAUGACACACUUAGCUAGCUACCCACUUUGUUCCUUUCUGUUAGCAUGUGCACGUAGUACACCAUCAUGCUUUCAGGAUAUGUGUCAGAUUCCACAAUUAUUCUUUAGUUGUGGACACUACAUCACCGCACUCCCUCUCUUAUUCUUGUUCCUCAUGUUUGUAAGUCUCCUUGAUUUUGCACCUGUGUGUUUGAUCAGUUUCUUUAUGAAAAUAUUUAGCGAACUCCAUGCCACUAGCUAAAGCAAGGGGCUUAUAGCAGCACACAAGUAGCCUACAAAUGCAUGCUGGGCCGGGCAUGCCCUGAGCUCGUGAAGUGAGUGGUACUGGAGCGAAAUUGGGAGCGGGCGAGAAGGCAGAUGCUCCAGCCUUUGGGAAACUCUGUCUGCGCUCCAGUCAAAUUGGCCACGCUCCUCCCUCCGCUCACAUACUCUGUCUGUCACGCCCUGACUCAGGGGACUCUUAUAUGUUGAGUCAGGGUGUGAAUGUUCUAUGUUGUAUUUUCUAUGUUUGUGAUCUAGGUGGUAGUUCUAUGUUUGGCCGGGUGUGUUUCCCAAUCAGAGGCAGCUGUCGCUCGUUGUCUCUGAUUGGGGAUCAUACUUAGGCAGCCUAUUGGCACUAGUUAGUUGUGGGAUCUUGUUCCGUGAGUAGGCUUGUUUUGUGUUUAGCCUUAGGACUUCACGUUUCGUUGGUUUGUUGUUUUUCGUGUGUUUACCAUUUAAAUAAACAUGUACGCAUUUCACGCUGCGCCUUGGUCUGACCCGUCCUUAAACGAAUGUGACACUGUCCUGGCAACACACUGCCAGGUCUCUGACCUCCUCCCUAUAGGCUGUCUCAAUGUCAUCGGUGAUCAGGCCUACCAAUGAUUUUUAAUUCAUAUCACGUGUCAUGAACAGUCAUGUGUGAUCAGUCUGUUGUUCAUAUUUAAACUUUUAAGGAAAUGCGUAUACAUAGCUUUUAAGUACUUUUCUGUGUCCUCGGUCGCCUUGCAUUAACCCAUUGUUGACAUUACGUGUACUUUACUUUUUAACCUGAAGCGUUUAAAAAUGUGUCAUAAAACAGGUUUGUGGGCCCUUCCUGUAGACUCAGAGUAUUGAUUGACACGCUCUUUACACAGGACUUUGAUGUACCGGGCCAUAUGUGGCACUUCCUUGUUGAAGAUGGCAAAUGCUGCCUUCUAGGCAUUUAUGACUUUAAUGAUAGAAGUGAUUGUGGAGAAUGAAAGUAGAGCUUUCAAUCUUUUGACUGUGGCAAGAUUGCCAGUGAAUGUCUGCUUUUAUCUGGUGCUAUAUAGAACAAAUGGCAUGGCAUGGGAAUAGUGUGGGUAGAAUAGAAUCUCUCUUCAUAUUGUUUAGGGUCAUGUGCUCACAGUUGUUGUUUUUAUGUCAACAGAAUUAAGUAUAGGCAACAUGCUGCUUUUGUGCAAAUUGUUGAGGAAAAUUUUUGCCUCUCCCCCCCCCCUCGCAUUUCUUCAGAGGAGCCUCCACAGGAGAAUGGGGUUAUCCAGAGCACCCAGGACCAGUACAGCUCCACCUCCCCGCCGGCCUCAACAACCCCGGACGACGAGCCCUUCUCUACAUACUUUGAGGAGAAGGUGCCAAUCCCAGAGGAUGUCACCCAGGUACUGAGGCCAUCAUGUGGCGUAUGACCUCACAGGGAUUAUUAACACAGAGCCUAUGACCCCCAGGGUCUAUGACAUCACAAGGAGUAUUAUGGUGCUUUCACGACAACUCAGAACCUCAAAGUUAAAAUGUGCAUAUGUUUUUUUGCGUAGAGCUUCCUAUUGGUUGAUUCUGAUACUUUCCAAGUAGGAAACUCUGAGCUCAUCUUUCUUCGAGUUUGAGUUUCCGAGUUGUCUGGAACGCGGCAUUAACUCACAGAGCCUAUGGCAUCACAGGGCUUUCAUGACGGCACAAGGUCUAUGACCUCAGUUAUUGAGUCAUAGAGCCUAUGGAAUUACAGGAAUUAUUAUAACCUCACUAGGUCUGACAUCACAAUGAUUGAGUCAUAGAGCCUAUGAUAUCACAGGGAUUAUUAUUACCUCAGUUAGUGACAUCACAGGGCCUAUGACCUCAAAGAGCCUAUUACAUUAACCUUAUGACCUGUAUAAAGUGAUAUACACCAAGUUGCUUUAUUUUAGAAAUUAUGAAUAAUCCUAACUUUAAUGACAGAUAAUACUUCAUGCUACGAUUUAUUUUCAGGCGUUGAUUGUGCUAUCCGUGAUUCUCUCAUUCAGAUGUUCAGUUUCCGUAAACUCUGGGCCUUUACGGGACCAGGUUUCUUGAUGAGCAUCGCCUAUCUGGACCCAGGAAACAUUGAGUCUGACCUACAGUCUGGAGCUAAAGCUGGCUUUAAGGUGAACACAGACACAUCAGCCAUGGGUGACCUUCACACUCAAGGGGCAGGGGUACCAUGCUCAAUAAUUAUUUCCUCUGCAAAGUUCUAUCUCCGUUUGACAGUAAAGUUGUAUUUUAUUAAAUUCUAUAAUCAGCAUACCCCCUUCCCUCUGGUCUUUUUGCUCUUGGUUAUCUCUUUCAUUUACUCAUUUAAUCCCAUGCUUCAUCAUCAUUGUUUCGUUCUCCGUCUCUCAGCUCCUGUGGGUAUUGUUAGGGGCCACCAUCAUCGGCCUCCUCCUGCAGAGGCUGGCUGCACGCCUGGGGGUUGUCACAGGGAUGCACCUCGCAGAGGUCUGCAACCGCCAGUACCCCACUGUGAGUAUCCCUCCCUCGCCUUCCACACACACACACGCUCUAGUUCUUCAUACACACUCUUGUAUAACAUGAUAUAAAAGGGUUUGGUUUUGUUUAAAGUAAUUGAAUGUGGUGGCUGUGCGUGUUAUUUCCAGUCUUGUUAUUCACACCUCCAUCCCCUUCUCACUCCCAGGUUCCUCGUAUUAUCCUGUGGCUGAUGGUGGAGCUGGCCAUCAUUGGCUCAGACAUGCAGGAGGUCAUCGGCUGUGCCAUUGCCUUCAACCUCCUCUCUGUGGGCAGGUAGUUACAGUACCACCCACCAGCGCCCAACUACACUACACUUUACUUUCACUAAGAGUCAAAUCAAAAUGUAUUUGUCACAUGCUUCGUAAACACGUGUACACUAACAGUGAAAUGCUUACUUACAGGACCUUCCCAACAAUGCAGAGACAAAUAUAUAAAUAGUAGAACAAAUAGAAAAAUUAUAACACAAGGAAUAAGUACACAAUGAUUAACGAUAACUUUGCUAUAUACGCAAGGUACCAGUACUGGGUUGAUGUGCAGGGGUAAGAGGUAAUUGAGAUAGAUAUGUACAUAUCGGUAGGGAUAAAGUGACUAGGCAAAAGAUAGAUCAGAAACAGCAGCGUAUGUGAUGAGUCAAAAGAGAUUAGUGCAAAAAGGGUCACCGCCUGGUCUAGAGGUCCUGGAUGGCAGGGAGCUCGGCCCCAGUGAUAUACUGGGCCGUACGCACUACCCUCUGUAGCGUCUUGUGGUCGGAUGCCAAGCAGUUGCCAUACCAAGCGGUGAUGCAGCCAGUCAAGAUGCUCUCAAUGGUGCAGCUGUAGAACCUUUUGAGGAUGUCAGGGCCCAUGCCAAAUCCUUUCAGCCUCCUGAGGGGGAAGAAGCGUUGUCGUGCCCUCUUCACGAUUGUGUUGAUGUGUGUGGACCAUGAUAGUUCCUUAGUGAUGUGGACACCGAGGAACUUGAAGCUCUCGACCUGUUCCACAACAGCCCGUGGAUGGGGGCGUGCUCGGCCCUCCGUUUCCUGUAGUCUUGCUGACGUUGAGGGAGAGGUUGUUGUCCUGGCACCACACUGCCAGGUCUCUGACCACCUCGCUGUAGGCUGUCUCAAUGUCGUCGGUGAUCAGGCCUACCACCGUUGUGUCAUCGGUAAACCUAAUGAUGGUGUUUGAGUCGUGCGCCACGCAGUCAUCGGUGAACAGGUAGUACAGGAGGGGACUAAGCACGCACCCCUGCGGGGCCCCUGUGUUGAGGGUCAGCAUGAUGGAUGUGUUGUUGCUUACCCUCACCACCUGGGGGCAGCCCGUCAAGAAGUCCAGGAUCCAGUUGCAGAGGGAGGUGUUUAAUCCCAGGGUCCUUAGUUUAGUGAUGAGCUUGGAGGGCACAAUGGUGUUGAAUGCUAAGUUGUAGUCAAUGAACAGCAUUCUUACGUAGGUAUUCCUUUUAUCCAGGUGGGAAAGGGCAGUGUGGAGUGCAAUAGCGAUUGCGUCAUCUGUGGAUCUGUUGGGAUGUUGAUGUGAGUCAUGACCAGCCUUUCAAAGCAUUUCAUGGCUACAGAUGUGAGUGCUACGGGGCGAUAGUCAUUUAGAUAGGUUACCUUGGCGUUCUUGGGCACAGGGACUAUGGUGGUCUGUUUGAAACAUGUAGGUAUUACAGACUGGGUCAGGGAGAGGUUGAAAAUGUCAGUGAAGAUACCAGCUGGUCAGAGCAUGCUCUGAGUACGCGUCCUGGUAAUCUGUCUAGCCCUGUGGCUUUGUGAAUGUUAACCUGUUUAAAGGUCUUACUCACAUCGGCUACAGAGAGCGUGAUCACACAGUUGUCCGGAAUAGAUGGUGCUGUCAUGCAUAGUUCAGUGUUCCUAGCUUCGAAGCGCACAGAGAAGGUAGGCUUGCGUCACUGGACAGCUCACGACUGGGUUUCCCUUUGUCAUUUGGGUAUGCAUCCCAAAUGACACCCUAUUCCCUAUACAGUGCAUUCGGAAAGUAUUCAGACCCCGUGACUUUUUCCACAAUUUGUUACGUUACAGCCUUAUUCUAAAAUGGAUUAAAUAAAGUGUCCUCAUCAAUCUACACACAAUACCCCAUAAUGACAAAGCGAAAACAGGUUUUCAGAAAUGUUUGCACAUAAAUAAAAAACCGUAAAACCUUUUACAUAAGUAUUCAGACCCUCUGCUAUGAGACUCGAAAUUGAACUCCGAUGCAUCCUGUUUCCAUUGAUCAACCUUGAGUUGUUUCUACAACUUGAUUGGAGUCCACCUGUGGUCAAUUCAAUUGACUGAACAUGAUUUGGAAAGGCACACACCUGUCUUUAUAAGACAGGAUUGUGUCGAGUCACAGAUCUGGGGAAUGGUACCAAAACAUUCCUGCAGCAUUGAAGGUCCCCAAGAACACAGUGGCCUCCAUCAUUCUUAAACCUGGUUUCAAAAAACAGAUAAAGCAACACCUCACGGCACAACGCCUCUCCCCUAUUUGACCUAGAUAGUUUGUGUGUAUGUAUUGAUAUGUAGGCUACGUGUGCCUUUAAAAAAAUGUAUGUAGUUCUGUCCUUGAGUUGUUCUUGUCUAUUAAUGUUCUGUAUUACAGUGGCUUGCAAAAUUAUUCACCCCCUUGGCAUAUUUCCUAUUUUGUUGCCUUACAACCUGGAAUUAAAAUGGGUUUGUUUCAUUUGAUUUACACAACAUGCCUACCACUUUGAAGAUGCAACAUAUUUUUGUUUGUGAAGCAAACAAGAAAUAAGACAAAAAAACAGAACUUGAACGUGCAUAACUAUUCAAUACUUUGUAGAGACACCUUUUGCAGCAAUUACAGCUGCAAGUCUCUUGGGGUAUGUCUCUAUAAGCUUGGCACAUCUAGCCACUGGGAUUUUUGCCCAUUCUUCAAGGCAAAACUGCUCCAGCUCCUUCAAGUUGGAUGGGUUCCGCUGGUGUACAGCAAUCUUUAAGUCAUACCACAGAUUCUCAAUUGGAUUGAGGUCUGGGCUUUGACUAGGCCAUUCCAAGACAUUUAAAUGUUUCCCCUUAAACCACUCGAGUGUUAAUUUAGCAGUAUGCUUAGGGUCAUUGUCCUGCUGGAAGGUGAACCUCCGUCCCAGUCUCAAAUCUCUGGAAGACUGAAACAGGUUUCCCUCAAGAAUUUCCCUGUAUUUAGCGCCAUCCAUCAUUCCUUCAAUUCUGACCAGUUUCCCAGUCCCUGCCGAUGGAAAAACAUCCCCACAGCAUGAUGCUGCCACCACCAUGCUUCACUUUGGGGAUGGUGUUCUUGGGGAGAUGAGAGGUGUUGGGUUUGCGCCAAACAUAGCGUUUUCCUUGAUGGCCAAAAAGCUCAAUUUUAGUCUCAUCUGACCAGAGUACCUUCUUCCAUAUGUUUGGGGAGUCUCCCACAUGCCUUUUGGCGAACACCAAACGUGCUUGCUUAUUUUUUUCUUUAAGCAAUGGCUUUUUUCUGGCCACUCUUCCGUAAAGCCCAGCUCUGUGGAGUGUACGGCUUAAAGUGGUCCUAUGGACAGAUACUCCAAUCUCCGCUGUGGAUCUUUGCAUCUCCUUCAGGGUUAUCUUUGGUUUCUUUGUUGCCUCUCUGAUUAAUGCCCUCCUUGCCUGGUCCGUGAGUUUUGGUGGGCGGCACUCUCUUGGCAGGUUUGUUGUGGUGCCAUAUUCUUUAAAUUUUUUAAUAAUGGAUUCAAUGGUGCUCCGUGGGAUGUUCAAAGUUUCAGAUAUUUUUUUUAUAACCCAACCCUGAUCUGUACUUCUCCACAACGUUGUCCCUGACCUGUUUGGAGAGCUCCUUGGUCAUCAUGGUGCCACUUGCUUGGUGGUGCCCCUUGCCUAGUGGUGUUUUAGACUCUGGGGCCUUUCAGAACAGGUGUAUAUAUACUGAGAUCAUGUGACACUUAGAUUGCACGCAGGUGGACUUUAUUUAACUAAUUAUGUGACUUCUGAAGGUAAUUGGUUGCACCAGAUCUUAUUUAGGGGCUUCAUAGCAAAGGGGGGUGAAUACAUAUGCACGCACCACUUUUCCGUUAUUUAUAGAUUGAUGAGGGGAAAAACGAUUUAAUCCAUUUUAGAAUAAGGCUGUAACGUAACAAAAAAAUUGGAAAAAGUCAAAGGGUCUGUAUACUUUCCGAAUGCACUGUAUAAUGACUUUUGUUCAAAAGUAGUGUAUAAUAUAGGGAAUAGGGUGCCUCUGGUCAAAAGUGGAGAUGCAGACAUAGGUGACAUUUGGGAUGCAGAAAUAGGUGACAUUUGGGAUGCAGACAUAGGUAUAAAACGACCGCUCUAGAGGUCAACGUAUUGGGGUCAAGCUAACAUUGUUGUUUGCCAUCUACCAGGAUUCCACUUUGGGGAGGUGUCCUCAUCACCAUCAUUGACACCUUUGUGUUCCUCUUUUUAGAUAAAUAUGGUGAGUGUUUCUUUGACACAUACUAAAAUGUGUAUGUGAUUAAAUGGUCCUUGGGUACAGGUGUGUAUCAAUUUCUGGCUGGGCGUGUUUCAAUGUGAUUUUCAACUUUUGUUUUUUAGGCCUGAGGAAACUUGAAGCCUUCUUUGGGUUUCUCAUCACAAUCAUGGCUGUAAGCUUUGGGUAUGAGGUAAGAACAAGUUUUUCCCUGUGUUGAUCUUUAACACUUUUGUCCCCCUUCUCCCGUAGACCUGGCAGCUGGUUUUGAUAGUAUGUAGCGCAGCUUUGAUAGAAUUUGGUAGGUUUUUGUUUCUACGUGUGUGUAUCUGACUGGCAUUUCUUGUAUGUGCCUGUAGUAUGUGAUGGUGCGUCCGGACCAGGGGGAGCUGCUGAAGGGGAUGUUUCUGCCGUACUGUGACAGCUGUGGUCCUGCCCAGAUGGAGCAGGCUGUGGGCAUCGUAGGAGCCGUCAUCAUGCCCCACAACAUCUACCUGCACUCAGCCCUCGUCAAGGUAGGUGUCUUGCCUUUAUGACAUGGGACAGAGGAGUCAAAGACCUGCUUUAUGACAUAGUAUGGGCCCUCAGAUCCUCAAAAAGUUAUACAGCUGCACCAUUGAGAGCAUCUUGACUGGUUGCAUCACCGCUUGGAAUGGCAACUGUGGCAUCCGACCGCAAGGCGCUACAGAGGGUAGUGCAUACGGCCCAUAGUGUAAGACUUUCACUGACAUCGUACAGGGGAGCUAAAUGCCUUUACUGUGACAGUACAGUUGAGUCAAAUAAGUAAUUGGGACAUAGUACAUGGAAUCAGACCUUCACUUAAAACCAAACAAGGGCCAACCGAAAUUUGACUUCCGCUUUUAACCCAACCCCUCUGAAAGACACAAAUAUGCUUACAUAAGGGUCUUUCUAUAAAUAAUGGGGCCAAUGUUGAUCCCAAUGUCACACAUUUGAAAUACUUUGAAACAAAUGGUGUCCAAAAAAAGUAGGCCAUUAUCACUUUAAGAAUAAUGCAUUUUGUAGGCCUUUCCAAUGCAUUGAUAUUCAAAUUAUUAUUGCAUUCUAAAAUAUGUGAGAAUAAUGUGGACAUUGUCUGACUAAAUAGAUUGGAUGCAUGCAUUUUUAAGCCAUGAAUGGCGGUAGCAUUAAUCUCACCAUUUGAAUCUCACCAUCGCUGUUUUUAUAAUGAGAAAGUGACCAAAAACCAGGUUGCUUUUUUAAUGGAAGGAUUUGUAUGGAAAGCAAAGUUGAAGCCAACAUUAGAUGUUGUCGUCCUCAUAAUAACCGCACAUGGUUUUACUGCAACAGAGUAGCGUAACACCCUUCAAUUGAAGUGGUGGGAAAAAAAUGAAAUCACAGAAAAUUAUAAGGGUGUAAUUAUAACUUAUAAAUUGGCUACAAUAAUUACAAGGACUUUUCAAGCGCCAAAUUGAGGAAAUGUCGGAUUUUUAAGGUAGGCCUAUUACAUUAUUUUAAUUUCUGAGCUCCAAGUUCAAGUAAGCUACUUCAAGCCCCUUGUAUUGUUUAAAAUUGCAGGUGUAACAUGGGAAUUGUUUUUUAUUUGUCAUGUAAAGUGUUGGUCCCAUGUUUCAUGAGUUGAAAUAAAAGAUCCCGGAAAUGUUCCAUACGCACAAAAAGCUUAUUUCUCUAAAAUGUUGUACGCAAAUUUGUUUACACUCCUGUUAGUGAACAUUUCUGCUUUGCCGAGAUAAUCAUCCACCUGACAGGUGUGACAUAUCAAGGUGCUGUGUGCUGAGGACAAUAAAAGGCCACUCUAAAAUGUGCAGUUUUGUCACACAACACAAUGAAACAGAUAUCUCAGGUUUUGAGGGAGCUUACAAAUGGCAUGCUGACUGCAGGAAUGGCCACCAGAGCUGUUGCCAGAGAAUUGAAUGUUCAUUUCUCUACUAUUUGUGAGACCCAUUUUUUUUUUAAAGGGGGAAUAUCUGUAUUCCCAGUCAUAUGAAAUCCAUAGAUUAGAGCCUAAUGAAUGUAUUUCAAUUAACUGAUUUCCUCAUAUGAACUGUAACUCAGUAAAACCUUUGAAAUUGUUGCAUGUUGCGUUUAUAUAUUUGUUCAGUAUAAUUUGUCAUUAUAUCCAGAAUAAUUCAUAGGAAUAGCGUUUGGUUUUGCGCAAUAUUCUAUCCCAGUGGAUCCCAAACUGUGGGACGGGUUAAAGGAACUCAGUCCGGCUUUAAACUUACUCUUGAAAGUUGUAGUAGUAGAAUGCACAAGGAAUAAUUUCGAAAUUGGAUAGUGCAUCAUCAGUUCCUCUUAUCAUGUCAGUCAUUGCAGACCUUGGAGAGCUAUUUAUAACUUGUCAGAAAUGUCCAGAUUAACUAGCCCAUGUCAGGUAACAUUUUUUUAUUUCGUUUUUUUAACCCAUAGAGUAUGGUGCAAUUUUUUAGUCACUCAAAUCACAUGAACACACAUUAGACGUGGGAAAAUGUAUAGAAUUGCAAGAACAUUUGCAACAUUGUCUUUGCACCCCAUGACAAAAUCUGUAUAAUUGCAGGAAAUAAGCUUUAACCUGCAAAAUUGUCUCCACCAACAAGAGGGGUGUGAACAGUUUGUGUCAUGAACAGUGCUUUUACCCAUUGAAAUAGAUUAGACGCAUGCGCAGCGGGGGCGCGGGAUGUUCCCCAAUGCUGGAAGGGGGGCCCCGAGUGAUAAAGUUUGGGAACCCCUGGUCUAUCCUACACAAUUGCACACAGUAGACUCAUAUGAAAACAUUAACUCAUUACCUUGAUGCUUUCUCUGUUAAAUCUAAUGAGAUCCUGUUGUAAAUCAAGCAACAGAUGAUCAACAUCAAUUCGCUAGGGAUAUUAGAGCCAAUGUAGAACCAGACACAACUGUCUUCACCUGCGUAACGAAUGAGAAGGCAAAAUAUUCUGGACAUUCCUCGCAAACACUUUUUUUCCCAGCACUUGGGCUGCUGUUGCAUCGCAUGCACCAUCACAACAGCUGUUAGUCAUUUGAUUGUCAUUCGGAAAAUUCCUUCUUGGAUCAGAUGAUGUGAAAAUAUCACAGCGUAACUAAUCAGCUGGACACCAAAUGCACAUCCAACAAGUAUUAUGCAUAAUUAUUGAAGAACCACGUUAAUGACAGCAUUGAUUUAGGUUUUAAGUAUGAAGGUAAGGUGACUGAAAGUCCAAUGUCACAGGAAUUGUGAUUUAUAUUUUAAUUACUUUUAAUUAUAUUUUAUCAUCUAGUCUCGGUCAAUAGAUCGUGGGAACAAGAAGGAGGUGAAGGAGGCCAACAAAUAUUACUUCAUGGAGUCGACUAUCGCGCUCUUCAUCUCCUUCCUAAUCAACGUCUUCGUUGUAGCAGUGUUUGCCGAGGCCUUCUACAAAAAAACCAACAUUGAAGUGGUGGGUAUAACGACUAACCAGACCCAGCAUGUUGUAUUUUGUCUCAGAAUGUAACACUCCUUAACAGAUGUUUUAUUUAAGCAAUAAGGCCCGAGGAGGUGUGGUAUAUGGCUAAUAUACAGUUGAAGUUGGAAGUUUACAUACACUUAGGUUGAAGUCAUUAAAACUUGUUUUUCAACCACUCCACAAAUUUCUUGUUAACAAACUAUAGUUUUGGCAAGUCGGUUAGGACAUCUACUUUAUGUAUGACACAAGUAAUUUUUCCAACAAUUGUUUACAGACAGAUUAUUUCACUUAUAAUUCACUGUAUCACAAUUCCAGUGGGUCAGAAGUUUACAUACACUAAGUUGACUGUGCCUUUAAACAGUUUGGAAAAUUCAAGAAAAUGAUAUCAUGGCUUUAGAAGCUUCUGAUAGGCUAAUUGACAUAAUUUGAGUCAAUUGGAGGUGUACCUGUGGAUGUAUUUCAAGGCCUACCUUCAAACUCCGUGCCUCUUUGCUUGACAUCAUGGAAAAAUCAAAAGAAAUCAGCCAAGACCUCAGAAACAAAAUUGUAGACCUCCACAAGUCUGGUUCAUCCUUGGGAGCAAUUUCCAAACGCCUGAAGGUACCACGUUCAUCUGUACAAAUAAUAGUACGCAAGUAUAAACACCAUGGGACCACGCAGCCGUCAUACCGCUCAGGAAGGAGACAAGUUCUGUCUCCUAGACAUGAACGUACUUUGGUGCGAAAAGUGCAAAUCAAUCCCAGAACAACAGCAAUGGACCUUGUGAAGAUGCUGGAUGAAACAGGUACAAAAGUAUCUAUAUCCACAGUAAAACGAGUCCUAUAUCAACAUAACCUGAAAGGCCGCUCAGCAAGGAAGAAGCCACUGCUCCAAACCCACCAUAGAAAAGCCAGACUACGGUUUGCAACUGCACAUAGGGACAAAAAUUGUACUUCUUGGCGAAAUGUCCUCUGAUCUAAUGAAACAAAAAUAGAAUUGUUUGGCCAUAAUGACCAUCGUUAUGUUUGGAGGAAAAAGGGGGAUGCUUGCUAGCCGGAGAACACCAUCUUAACCGUGAAGCACCGGGGUGGCAGUAUCAUGCUGUGGGGGUGCUUUGCUGCAGGAGGGACUGGUGCACUUCACAAAAUAGAUGGCAUCAUGAGGAAGGAAAAUUAUGUGGAUAUAUUGAAGCAACAUGUCAAGACAUCAGUCAGGAAGUUAAAGCUUGGUCGCAAAUGGGUCUUCCAAAUGGACAAUGACCCCAAGCAUACUUCCAAAGUUGUGGCAAAAUGGCUUAAGGACAACAAAGUCAAGGUAUUGGAAUGGCCAUCACAAAGCCCUGACCUCAAUCCUAUAGAACAUUUGUGGGCAGAACUGAAAAAGCGUGUGCGAGCAAGGAGGCCUACAAACCUGACUCAGUUACACCAGCUCUGUCAGGAGGAAUGGGCCAAAAUUCACCCAACUUAUUGUGGGAAGCUUGUGGAAGGCUACCUGAAACGUUUGACCCAAGUUAAACAAUUUAAAGGCAAUGCUACCAAAUACUAAUUGAGUGUAUGUAAACUUCUGACCCACUGGGAAUGUGAUGAAAGAAAUACAAGCUGAAAAUAAAUCAUUCUCUCUACUAUUAUUCUGACAUUUCACAUUCUUAAAAUAAAGUGGUGAUCCUAACUGACCUAAAACAGGGAAUUUUUACUAGAAUUAAAUGUCAGGAAUUGUGAAUAACUGAGUUUAAAUGUAUUUGGCUAAGGUGUAUGUAAACUUCCGACUUCAACUGUACCACGGCUAAGGGCUGUUCUUAUGCAUGACGCAAUGCGGAGUGGCUGGACACAGCACUUAGCCGUGGUAUAUUUUACAUUUGUCAUUUAGCAGACGCUCUUAUCCAGAGCGACUUACAGUUAGUAUAUUGUCCAUAUAUCACAAACCCCCGAGGUGCCUUAUUGCUAUUAUAAACUGGUUACCAACGUAAUUAGAAGAGUAAAAAUAACUGUUUUGUCAUACUCGUGGUAUAUGGUCUGAUAUACCACGGCUGUCAGCCAAUCAGCAUUCAGGGCUCGAACCAGCCGGUUUAUAAAUAGUAAUAUAGCAUGGCCAGUAUGGCACCUCUAAACCAGUGAUGUCCUUUGUUUGUGAUGUGCUGCUGCUCUUCUCUGUGUGUCACAGAAUGCAAUGUGCAAUGCAUCAGGCAGUCCACACACAGACCUCUUCCCCCUGGACAACCGCAUGCUACAGGUGGACAUCUACAAGGGGGUAAGUCCUUAAUGGAUUAACAACAAUCUACAUAACCUCCUGUGAUAGGAAAUCACUUUGAUACUGUAUAUCUGUCAAUCAUUUUUGGGGGUCUUGAUAAGAUGAAUAACCAUAGAGGGGACUGUCUUUCGUUCUCUGUCUCUCUCUCUCUGACUGUACAGGGGGUGGUGCUGGGUUGUUUCUUUGGCCCUGCGGCCCUCUACAUCUGGGCCAUCGGGAUCCUUGCUGCCGGACAGAGCUCCACCAUGACUGGCACUUACUCUGGCCAGUUUGUCAUGGAGGUGAGAACGUGCAGAUAUACUCAAUGACUGUGUUUCUGUGUGUAUGAGAGCGUUUGCAAAUUGUAUUGUUAACCAUUAUUGUGUGUGUGUGUGAGUGAGAAUACACACACCUCAGGGUUUUGUGUAGGUCCGGAUGUGGGUGUGUUGACUGUUAGUUCUCUCUCUCGCUCUCUUUGCCCCUGGCUCAGGGUUUCCUGAAUCUGCGUUGGUCCCGUUUUGCACGGGUGCUUCUCACCCGCUCCAUCGCCAUCUUCCCCACCCUGCUGGUGGCCAUCUUCCAGGACGUGCAGCACCUGACGGGCAUGAACGACUUCCUCAACGUGCUGCAGAGCAUGCAGGUCGUGGAGAGAGAGAGAGUGGGAGGUCUGGGGACAUGGAGGACAAAGGAGACAGGGAGGCUUGACAGAGAGAGGAGACAUGAGGGCUGGGGACAUGCAGGUCAGAGAGAGAGGAGACAUGGGGGCAGGUCAGAGAGAGUAUAGGCUGGGUCUUUGACAUGCAUGUUAGAGCGAGAGAGAGAACCAUGGAGACUGGGUACUACUGUUCUCCCAGUGGGGAACAGCUAGUCAGGGCUGGCUGGGAGUAUUUUAGGGUGUUACACUGAUGCUUGUAUUCAAAGGUAUAGAAGGGGACUGAAUGCAGUCAGUUUUAACUGUUCUUUCUGCCUUUCCUUGUUCUAUAGCUGCCAUUUGCUCUGAUCCCCAUCCUGACCUUCACCAGUCUGACAUCCAUCAUGAAUGACUUCGCUAAUGGACUGUGAGUCAUCAUAACCCUCUACCCCAGAGAUGGGCGGCAGUUAGCCUGCCAAAUAGUGGUUAGAGCGUUGGGCCAGUAACCGCUUGUUCGAAUCCCCGAGCCGACAAGGUGAAAAAUCUGUCGAUAUGACCUUGAGCAAGGCACUAAACCUUAAUUGCUCCAGGGUUGCCUUUGAUAAUGGCUGACCCUGGCCGUGACCCCACUCUGUGGGGAGUUGGGAUAUGCAAAAAAACACAUUUCCAAUUCACGCAUGCGUAUAAUUCAUACUUGUAAAUAAAAUAAGACACCCAUCAAAUUAUUAUUAUAUGACUUCGAUUGGUUCUGUGUUUUCACUGAUAGACCAAUUAGAACCUAAUUUUCUACUAGUGCUGAGCGAUUAGUGCUUUUUGAGGUCGGUUCGGUUAUUAAAAAAUAAUCCGUUUUCGAUUUAUUAUUUUAAACAUGAAAUGUAUUAUGAAAUAAUGACAUUAAAAUGAUUUUAGAGCUUCCCUCAGCCAUCACCUGCCUUUUUCUUAUAAUAAUAAUAAUAAUAAUAAUAAUAUGCCAUUUAGCAGACGCUUUUAUCCAAAGCGACUUAGUCAUGUGUGCAUACAUUUUUACGUAUGGGUGGUCCCGGGGAUCGAACCCACUACCCUGGCGUUACAAGCGCCAUGCUCUACCAAUUGAGCUACAGAGGACCACUGACAGUGGGUUGAAUUCUGUAACAACACAGAAUAAAACAAUAAGAGCCCCAUGAUGGUAGUGAAUGCCUAUUACUGCUUGUCACUUAUUAACCGUAAUGUAUUCACAUUACUUACUUCAAUACAAUAUUUCAGUUGUGUAUAUUACUUAGUUUUUAUUUGAUGACUUUAUACUUUUUCAUUCCUUUGUCAUCUCAUUUUACAUUUUAGUCAUUUAGCAGAAGCUCUUAUCCAGAGUGACUUACAGUUAGUGCAUUUGUCUUAAGAUAGCUAGGUGUGACAACCACAUAUUACAGUCAUAAUAGUCGAGGGGAUUAUUUAAAAUACUCUUUGAAGAGGUAUGGUUUCAGUUGCUUUUGGAAGAUGGGCAGGGACUAUGCUGUCCUAGUUUCAGGGGGAAGCUGGUUCCAACAUUGGGGUGCCAGGACAGAGAAGAGUUUGGACUGGGCUGAGCGGGGUGGGAGGGCCAAGAGACCAGAGGUGGUAGAACGGAGUGCUCGGGUUGGGAUAAAGGGUUUGAGCAUAGCCUGAAGGUAGGGAGGGGCAGUUCCUCUUGUUGCUCCGUAGGCAAGCACCAUGGACCUGUAGUGGAACAUUUGUUAUUUUAGCAGAUGCUCUUAUCAAGAGCGACUUGUAGUGAAAGCUACAUGUUUUUGUACUUUUUUUUUGUACUGGUCCCCCGUAGGAAUCGAUCCCACAACCCUGGCAUUGCACGAGCCAUGCUCUACCAACUGAGCCACACGAGACUCCAUCUCAUCUCUGCUCAAGCAGUAGCAGCCAGCCAGACAACCAUCUAACGUUAUCUCUGUGCUUCCCAUUGAACAAGUUAUCCUAUUUAGCUAGGCUAGUAGUAGCUAGCUACAACUAUCAAUCUGGUAGAGCUACCUCACGAACUAACUAUCCCUCUCGUCGUUGUGUUGUCAUUCCUCUUUCAUGCUGUCUCCUAUGGUCUGUGUGUAUCCACCUCUUUCCGUGGCCGGAAAGAACAGGUGCAAUGGAUUAUGGUCAUUCAUUGUAGUUAAUUACCACGUUUCUGCGCUGAACUAGGUUGAAUAUUUGCCUAAUGAAAACUCUACUUCCAAUCAGCCCAGCGUCCCACAUAGUUCUUGACUUCAUUUCUCUCUAGAGAAACCCGAACUAAAUGGAAUUAAAGUAAUUGAACCGACGUCAGUCAAUUAGCUGUUUAAUAACCGAACCCCCCCCCCCCCCCCCCCUGAAAUGUUGGUUAAUCGCUCAGUACUAUUCCCUACAUAUUAUACUACUUUUGACCAGGGCCUGUAGGAAAUAGGGUGCCAUUUUGGAUGCAGUUAGAUUUUCUAUAUUUGCACUGAUAGAGAAAUGAUUUCAUAAAUGUGAUGACAGUGACAAUUUAUCAUUGUGCCAACUUACCAUCUCAGCUGUGCCUGUGCUCCUCAGGGUGUGGAAGAUAGGCGGAGGGGUGGUCAUCCUGGUGGUCUGUGCCAUCAACAUGUACUUUGUGGUGGUCUACGUCACCAGCCUAAACAGUGUGGCUCUCUACGUGCUGGCGGGCUUGCUUUGCAUAGCGUACCUAUGCUUUGUGGGCUACCUGGUAAGUUGCAGUAGCAGUCAUUAUAACACCAUGGACCGGGCUAGAUUAGCACAGAACACUGUAUAUCAAUACCAAAAUAAAGUGGCUACUUUUCAAUACUGAAUGCAGGGUUUGGAAAGAUGCAUUGUAAACUAUUAUAGGAAGUACAAUGACCCUCUCCUGACCACCUCCCCUCUUUGUGUGUGUCCACAGGCGUGGCAUUGUCUGAUAGCCCUGGGGGUCACCUGUCUGGACAUGUCCUGUCUGGCCAGCAGGGUAAGCAACAACAGACCUCCUGUGUUCAUAGAUAGAGGAACAGCCAGAGUAUGGCACGUAAAACUGAACAGGACAGUGUUUUAAAAGACAGACCAACCCGAAUGUCGACUGUGCACAGUAGAUC